AUGGAAAUAGAUAUCAAAAAUUUAAAUACUGCCAGUGAAUUCUGCCCCUAGUGCGGUAACAUGAUAGAAAUGCCUCUUUAUUCUGAUAAAGUAGAAUGUUCAAAGUGUGAAUUCUUAUGUUCAGUCCUAGAAUAUAAGUGCGCUCCUAUUGUUUCUAGAAUUGAAUUUAACUAGAAAAAGUAAUGGCUUGAGUAAUAUAGAGCCUCAUAAAACAAAAAAAUACAUGGUAUAGAAGAAGAAGAUUUGGAAGACAAGCACAAACACAAAAAGGCAACUUUAAAGCAAGAAUGUCCUGAUUGCGGUCAUGAUACUCUUUACUUCUGGACAGUAUAAACUCGUUCUGCUGAUGAAGGUUCAACAGUUUUCUACGAAUGCUAAGAUUGCAAGUUUAAGUUCACUGCAAACAACUGA